GCGUAAGGCAACUAGCACAACUCACGUAUAUAUAUUAACACAACCUCUUUAUUGUACCAUAUUCUCAUUUCAUUCUAACACAACUUUAUCUUAUACCCAAAACAAAACAAAACAAAGGUUCGUAAUAAUAUGAUUUCCUCAUGGAGAAAGAAGAGAGCUUCUCGGCAAGCGAACAAGAGAGACGGUUUGGAUGACUUGUCGAAUUUCGAGAUUUCGAUUCCGAGUCAUUUCCGGUGCCCAAUCUCGUUGGACUUGAUGAAAGACCCCGUGACUUUGUCUAGCGGAAUAACUUACGAUCGGUGCAGCAUUGAGACGUGGAUUGAAGCUGGAAACAACACGUGUCCUACUACGAAACAAGCCUUGAACACGCUUGAGCCGACUCCUAAUCACGCCUUGCGGAAAAUGAUACAAGAUUGGUGCGUUGUGAAUAAGUCGUAUGGAAUCGAGAGAAUUCCGACGCCUAGGAUCCCCUUGAGCUCGCAUCAAGUCACGGAGAUGCUUUCGAGGCUCGUGGCGGCGUGUAGAAGAGAGGAGGCCAGCGCGUGUGGGGAGGUGGUGGGGAGGAUUAAGCGGUUGGCUAAGGAAAGUGAGAAGAAUAAGCGAUGUUUUGUCGCGAAUGGGACAGUCGGCGUUUUAGCUUCGGUGUUUGAAACAUUUUCGAAAACAAAUUUUGAUAAAAAUGCUCUAGUUUUGGAGGAGGUUUUGUUAGUUAUUUCGAUGAUGACGCCUUUAGAUGGAGAGGCUAAGUCUUUUCUCGGAUCAAAUUCUUCGUUGAAUUGCAUGGUGCGGUUUUUAAGCGGUGGAGAUUUAUCGGUUCGAACAAAUUCUGUAUUAGUACUAAAACAUGUUUUAUCAACCGAUCAGAAGAAAAUGGAGGAGUUCGCGAAAAUUGAAGGGUCUUUGGAAGGACUAGUGAAGCUAAUCGAAGAGCCUGUCUCUACUACAACUACGAAAGCUUCUCUGAUAAUAAUUUACUACAUGGUUUCGACUUCAUCGUCUAGUAGAUCCGUCGAGAAGAUUGUAACAAGAUUUACUGACAUGGGGUUAGUCGAAAGACUACUAGAAAUGCUCAUGGAUUGCGAAAAAAGCAUAUGUGAGAAAGCACUGGGUGUUUUGGACGGCUUGUGUUUGUACAAGCAAGGAAGAGAAAAGGCCUAUGCUAAUGCACUAACAAUGCCUGUUCUGGUCAAGAAGAUCCUCCGGGUUUCGGACCUGGCUACAGAGUUCUCAGUGUCGAUCGUCUGGAAGCUGAGCAAGAAUGAGAAAAGGGAGGAUGGAGGAGUUAUUGUUGAAGCUCUUCAAGUAGGGGCUUUUCAGAAGCUACUUCUAUUGUUGCAGUUCGGUUGCAGUGACAGGAUCAAAGGCAAGGCCACGGACUUAUUGAAAAUGUUGAAUCUUCACAGGGAGAAGCUGGAGGAGUGUAUUGAUUCGAUGGAUUUUAAAAAUCUCAAGCGCCCUUCUUAAUUCAAAAGAAGGCUCAUUAUGCGCGUAUCAUUGAACUCAUGUAAUUUUUUCGUAGGUUCAUAUUGAUAGAACUGAUUUUUUACUUGUACAAAGUACAAACUAUACACAAUUUAUAAGUACAUUACUUAUACAACAUCAUUUUUUUCA